AUGGCGGAUGUUGAUGCAAGAGAUGGAAAAGGCAACACUCCGCUAUACAUUGCCGUUGCUAAGAAAAGGGCUGACAUAGUUGAGCUCCUGUUACAGUUUAAUGCGGAUCCUAACAUCGUCGUAUCUAAUAAUAGAUUUGGUGGUGUGUUGCAUUUGGCAGUAGCCAAUUGUUCACCAGAAAUCUUACAUUUAUUGCUCACAUGUGAGCGCACAAAUCCGAACUUACCCAACUUUCAAGGUGAGAGCCCAUUGCAUUUAGCUGCUUCUCUGCAAGUCAAAAGUGAAACUCGCCAACGAGUUGUCGAUAUGCUUAUCACCCGCAGAGCAAAUGCAAGUGCCGUCGAUUAUUUAGGGUUUUCCGUUCUUCAUGCUGCAACCUUAAACAAAGCCGAAGACGUCGUGGAACGAAUAUUGAAAAUCCCUGGCAUUGAAGUCGAUCCAAAAAAAAAGGAAAGAAAAGUGACACCUUUACAUUUAGCUGCUUGGUAUAAUCUUAAAAACAUAGCCCAGAAGCUCAUUAGGAGGAAGGCAAAUAUUGACGCUAGAGAUUACAAUGGAGAGACCCCCCUUGAGUAUGCUGCUUCAUCGGACGCCGUCAACGUAACAAAGGAAUUAUUGAAACAUGAUGCUGAAGUAAAAUCCAGAACGAUGGAAAAACGUUCUCCAUUGCACAUUGCAGCGGCUCAUGGCGCCCAAGAAGUCGCAAAGCUUUUAAUAGAUGAAGGUGCAGACGUCAAUGCCGUCGACGAAUUUGGUUUGACUCCACUUCACUACGCGGAAUAUCGAAAUAACAAGGAAUUUGUCGAGUUUCUUCGACCUAAAACGAGUUCACAUACAAAUGGGGCUGCCUUCAGUAAUCCGCUCAGUCCUACCGAUUUGGCAUUGAUUCCUUCGUUAACGAAUAGUUUCCAACUGGCUAGUAUCCCCAUCUUUCAGAGUGAAUUACCCGCUUUUCUAGGUCUCAACAUCGAUUUAAAAGUGAAUCAAGAAAUACUGAUGUACUCCUCCAAUACCAUUUAAUGUUCGGCAACGGACGUAUGGCCGCUUCAAAUUGUGUAAAACAUAGUGUCCUUGUUGACUUGUAGCCCCUUAAAUGAGAAACUAGAUUUCCACUGUUAUAUCCUAAACUGAGGCGUUUCCCUGUCGUCGAGCCUGUUGGUGGUGAUCUGACAUUACACGACACAGCGGAGCUAAUGCUGUCGGAUAGGAAAUUAAUCGUAGCAUGUGUGUGUUGGAAGGAUUCACGAAAACGGGCCGGUGACUUGACUUUUGGUGUUCUGGUACACUGCGAUGUGCUCGAUGUGCUCUUGUUGGUGUGUGUUGUUUUCCUCCACGCAGAAACUCAUGCAAGAGGGAUACCCCUUUUCUGAGAGGAAAGAUAGCCAUAGUGGAGUAACCAGGGGUCUAUGGCUGAACUACCCCUAAUGUGGAAUAGCCUUCCACUUGUAUGUAUUUACUUUGCUUUUCUAAACUUAAAAUUGUGUGCUUGUCCCCACAAAUAGUACCGUAGCAUUUUCCAAAGGACCUUACACAGGAUGUAGAGUCUGCCAAUAUAGGAAUGGGGUAAAGUAGAUUGGAGAAUCAAUUAAACAUUUUAGGGAUGUCACAUGAAUACAAUGGAACUUCGGUGGAGGGUUCGGGUUUUAAUUAUGUAAUCUACAUUUCCUUAUACAAACUUCCUUAACAAACCUAAAUUGUAAUCUUCAGUUGAAAUACAUGCUCUUCUUUUAUGCCCCA